UGUCUUAGCGUCGUUCAGUUGUCAUUCAGCCGCCAUUGUUUUAGCAUCAAAACACAAAAAUCACACAUUUUUGUGUCUAAACUGGUCAUUUUUUGACUACUCUAACGUUUUUUUGUCCCAAAUUUUGUGUUUUUUUGUUUAAAAUCUCAGACGCUCCAAUAAAAUGGGUCACGAAACCGAAACCUCAGUGGAUGUGGUCUUUUUGACGUUCGAUCCAACGCGCGAUAUCCGUUGUCCCAUGAUAAAACUUGACAGCACCUGUUACGCCUCGACCGCCGAUCUGGAAACGCAUCAAAUCCAGAAGCGCCGCGAAAAAAACGCCAACAAAAUCGACGUUGCCAGCUACAAUCACUACAAAUGGUACAACUCGUGCCUCAUGCUGGAAUGCCAAAAGUUGAGUGGCGGCAUCACGACAGAUCGGAAUAAUAACAACACGUACAAGCCCAAGUUGCGGAUCCAACAUUGGUACAUCGAAUCGGGCAACAUUGAGGCAUUCCGGAUGCAAGGCAAGACGUUUCAAGCGGUGUCGAUGAUCGUUUCGCCCUGCGUCGAGUACUGGUAUUGCUCGGAUCAGGGUCCCAAUGCGCUGCCCAUGUUCGGAAGUCGACUGAGGGAACAGUGUCAAAACGAUGGCAAGAUAAAUGUGUCAGAUAUUCGCUAUCAGCCGGCGGCGAUGGUGCAACAACAACAGCCUCAGACUCAUUUUCCCUCACAGAAAUCUCAGCAAGCCAAAAAAUCUCCAGUUCCAGUGACACGAAAAAAUCCAGUGAUUUGUGUUAGCAAGCCGGAUGACGACAAAAAAUACGAGUGUUGUUCGUCUGUGUUGCAAGCGAUCGAUGUUUUGAAUCAGAAAAAGAAUAUUUUGAUACGCGGGGGAUCUCCGCAGAUGCAUGAAUGUAGCAAUAGGAAAAAUUAUUCAUUAAAACCGAUAGUUGAGGAGAAAAUUUGAGAAAAAAUAAUUUUUGGAUACAAUAAAAAAUAAAAUAAUUAUUUAUAUUCUUAAGUA